AUGAAUCCGCCGGCUUCUGUCAAUGACUCCUUCCUUACAAAGUUAGAGACCUUCCGUAAGAAGAAAAAAUCUAAAAAGGAGGUGGAGGAGCUGGCCAGAGAGGGACGGAAGGCGAUGGAAUCUGCCCUUUGUUCCCUUGCUGUUGAGGACCCAGAACACUAUAUGCUGGAAGAGGGACAGGAACGCUCCAUCAUUGAGAAGACCUCACUGGAAUCAGCCCCUGUCAAGGAACUCAUAGGCGCUCUAAUUUCUUGGAUCAACGAUGAACUGGUUGACCACAGAAUCCUUGUCAGGAACGUUGCAGAUGAUUUUUAUGACGGGCAGAUUCUGCAGAACCUGGCUGAAAAACUGGCUGGCAUCAGAUUAGAUUAUCCGGAGGUCACACAGUCAGAAUUUGGCCAGAUGCAAAAGCUCAAAGUACGUGGGUCUGAGUUUAUUCAAUUAUGCCAUUUUGCCUUGUAGGAUGUAGUCGUGACAAUCAACCAACUACUAGGCGUCUCGGAGGAGUGGGCCUCUGAAAGGUGGACGGCGGAACUAAUCCAUAACAAGGACAUAAUUGCUAUCGUUCGUUUGCUGGUUGCCCUCGCGAGACACUUUAAAGCAGGCAUUCGGCUGGCUGAUGGAGUUCACCUCGUUGUUAUCAUAGUAAGAAAGAUGAACGGGAAAUUAGAGUACCGUUACCAGCAGGAAUAUUUGACUGAUCCUUCGCCCUCAACCGUCGGUCAGUUUCCGAUUUUAAGCUUUGUUUUGAUGAUCCCCCUUAACUCCUUCGGCUGAUUUUUGGCAUUGAAAUUUCUGACAGCUUUCAUUCUUUCGAGUAUGCAGAAGGGUGUUUUUGAAGUGUCUUCUUUGCAAAAUAUCAUUCUCAUGCUGUCUGUCAUUUGAAUGCUAAUUAGGAUAAAAAUGUUUACUUGGAACACCGUCUACUUUUCUUGCCGGGACCAGUCGCACUUCAGCUGACUUUGCUUUCAAGUUUGUUUUGUUCAGCCCUGACCACCUAUAAUACUCUUUGUCAUGGACUCGUGGCAUUCGAUGGCAUGGCAGGGACCUCGCUUCUGGCUUUUUACUCUUUGGUCGCGGUUGACGAAUGCUUUCGCUCCUGUUUCUGACUUUCAAAGCUCAUCCUGCUUUCGUUCAAGUGUAAAUUUACCAAUUUUUUUCCAGAUGGACAACCUGACCAGCACCCGCUCGAUUUUCUGCCAAAUCGUCACCUUGUCCCUAGGCUGCUGACACAGUUCGUCAACAGUCAGUUGCAGAAACUUCAGAUGAGGGUGACGGAUCUUUCUGCUGAUGUAAGCACAUUUAGUAAUGGACUUGCCUUUUUAUACUUCAGUUGGCUACGCACCAAAGCCAAAAAUCAUCCUAACCACUUAUAACAGGUUAUUCUGGCUUCACUGGUCCGAAGUGUCUUCUGCAGCGAUGCCUCACAAUCUUUUAACAUACUAUCAAUCGUGAUCUGGUUUCAUGAAAGGAGUUUUUUUUAAAUAGUGGAAUCCUGGAUUCGUUUCGCAGCACACUUUUCUGCAGACCAGGGGUCUCUUCUUGAGCAAGUAAAGUGGUGUUUUACAAAGCUUCAGUUAUGAGAUUCUGACUGAUCAUCAUAUUGCUCUCUGUAAUGUUUGCCCCGCAACUAUGCAGCCUGAAUGAAGUCCGCGUGCUCGGACGGCCUAGGGUAUAUGCACACAAGGUUGGCAAAUGAAAUUCAAAAGUAAAGGCUGAAGACCAUGCUGCCGCGUAGGGGUUUCGCGUUAGGCCUUUAUGGCAUUGUUACGAAUUAGUUUUCGUAGUCAGCGCAUAAAACAGCCUAUUUUCCAGGCAGAUUUGAGCCUCAUUGGCGACGACUGGACCACUCACCUUUUCCCGCAACUCAAAGGCAUUCGCUUUUUGGUGGUUAUCACCCCGAUUUGCAAAUAUGCUCUGCAUGGCAAUAUCUAAGAUCAUGCCCAGCCUUUAGCGGCGACCCAAAACAGUAUUUUUAUUCCACACGUUUAGCUGAUUGUUGUAACUAACUGCCGACUGACAGAUAAGAAAACUACAAGGGAAAGGGAAAAAAACCUGCCCCGCUAGAUGAUAGUCUUGCUUUCUGUUUACUAACAGGAAGCUUUUAGACUGCCACAGUCCCUAUAAACAAGCGAUGCGCUUUCCUUUUUCCAUUAUUGCAAUUUUAUAACUGCCGACUGUAAAGUAAGGCUCCUCGGGAACGCUGGCUCGAAACUGUCAGACAGAAUCUAGUGUCAGAAAUGACGCUUUGGUAUCAAUCUUGCGUUUGGAAACCCUCAUUAACUUGGAUUCGCCGAGUAUUUCCGUGGUUAUAAACAACCCUUCUCUCGCCUCUGGUUGGGAGGGGGCGGUACAUUUAUAGUUCGACCGUCGCGCGCGAUGAGAUUCACCACUACGUGGAGGUGGAAGUAGUGGUGACUUGCUCGUGAGCUUGUUUAUAGUGAAGCAGAGUUGGGCGGUCUCGAUUCCACCUCACCGUGCCACACCAGUCUCAGUAGGAAGAAGCCAUUGCAAUCCAAGUCACAAUCCGAUGGGACAUUGAACUAUCUUGUUAGUCGGAAAAUUGUGAGCGUCCUAGUAGUUUAACGCUUGUUACCUGGUUUACCGUAUUAACAACACAGGUACCAGCUAAAAGUCCAGACGCGUGUUUCCCCGAUAUCCUGCUACUGCAUGACAGCUCAGAUUUAUUGUGAUGAGGGAUGCUGUGAUUGUCCCUGAGGAAGCAUACCUCAUGUCGGCCUCAUUCCCUCUUCAUUCCCCAUACACCAGUGCCCUGUUCGAUACUGGCCGUCGACUAACGACUAGAUUAGAGGUAGUGGCUGAUACGGCUUGAGUUUCGUCUGAUGUGUGCUACACAAUCUCAUCGCUUGUGUACUCCGAAUUCCUGUUUUCAUAUAACUUGAUUUGUCCAAAACCACACAUCGGGGAGCACCGAGUACUCACAUAAACUUUUAUUCCCAAGUGUACUCCCGAGUUCCACAGCUUGAGCGGACAGACCGAUUGUUCCACAACACUUGCAAGUUGGUUGUGGUGCUGGUGGUGGUACAGUGUCGACAAAUUGCUGCUUUUGGCUCAGAAUACUUGUGCCAUCGGGACGUAGGCGUUUGCAUUAUCAUCUUUGUUCUCCCCAUUUCUCACAUAUCCAGCUCUCGGACGGUGUUCUCCUUAUUCUGCUCAUGGGCCUCCUGGAGGGCUACUUUGUUCCUCUUCACUGCUAUCACCCCAUGCCUAGCACGGAUGCCAUGCGGCUGAGCAAUAUUAACCUGGCCUUUGACCUUAUACGAGCGGCCGAGUUGCCGGAGCCGAUGGAACGACCCGAGGACAUUGCCUUGGGCGACUCCAAGGCCAUCCUCCGACUACUGUACUCCAUCUACUCGCGUUACCAAUACGAGAUGGGCGGACGAAGUCCAAUGGAUGACUUGCAUGAGCUUACUGAGGAGGGAGCUACCACUGGACAACAAGAUGAACCUUCACAAGCGGGUCUUGAACCCAACCAGAUGCGUCACGCUAACGAAAUUACCGAGUGCGCCUAG